AUUUCUGAAAUUAGAAAUUUCUAAUUGAUAAAUGAGUUUUAAUUUAGUCAGGGAAGGUUGGCGAUCGUGAAAUCGGAAGCCCUGGUUUAGGACUGAGCUCAUAAACCUCAGAUCAGAGUAACAGAUUAAAUCCAUGGCAGCGAUUUACAGCCUCUACAUCAUCAAUAAAUCUGGCGGUCUCAUUUUCUAUAAGGAUUAUGGAUCAGCGGGAAGAAUGGAUACAAACGACAGUUUGAGGUUAGCGAGUCUGUGGCACUCUAUGCACGCAAUCUCGCAGCAGCUCUCUCCCGUUUCCGGCUGCUUUGGAAUCGACCUUCUUCAGGCUGAUACUUUCGAUCUUCACUGUUUUCAAUCUCUUACUGGUACAAAAUUCUUUGUGGUUUGUGAGCCCGGAACUCAGCAUAUGGAGAAUCUGUUGAAACAUAUAUAUGAGUUAUACACAGAUUUUGUCUUGAAGAACCCUUUCUACGAGAUGGAAAUGCCAAUUCGAUGCGAGUUGUUUGACAUAAGUUUGGCACAGGCAGUACAGAAGGAGCGAGUCGCCUUAUUGGGGAGAUGACCUGCUAGCAGGGAAAGGAAUCUCGUGUGCGUCCUGUAUACUUAGCCCGUUUAUGUUAUUGUUGAGCGUUCUGUUUUGAAAACAAUGAUAGAAGGCGGCUAGGUGAUUCGGUUUCAGUAAACUCAGAUUUGUAUAUGCGACGACUAUGUUGCUUGUGGAGACUGAUUCUUUGAUAAUUCGGAUUCUUGAAA